AUGGGGAAGUCCAAUUCUGAACUCCACUCAAAUACAGAAGUGAAAUUAGAAAUCGCUGACGACAUGAAACCAUCGCUAGAUGAAAGUAAGGCGGAAACCUCGUUGGUUAAAACUAGUCAGGAUGAAUAUGAUAGAUUAUGUACCAUGGUCAACGCUAUCGCGCAUCCUCUUGCAUCACGGAAAGUGGCAAAGAAAAUAUACAAAUUGGUGAGAAAGGCUGGAAAAGGAAAUCAGUUGCGUCAGGGUUUGAGUGAUGUUAACAAAUCUUUACGGAAAGAUGAAAGAGGCAUCGUUAUUCUAGCAGGCGAUGUAUCACCGAUUGAUGUUUAUUCUCAUAUUCCGUCCAUAUGUGAAGAAAAAGAUAUUCCAUACAUGUUCACGCCUUCACGUCAACAUCUUGGACUAGCUACAGGUAGACGCAAGCGAGCUGCCAUAAUUCUUCUGGUCAAGGAGCAUACUGAUUAUGCAGAUUUGUUUCGCGAAGUACGUGAAUUGAUCAUGACUACUCCUCCAGAUUAUUGA